CACCUCCACCCAUUAAGAAGAAAUCAGCUGCUCAGCCUUGCAGUGCAUUACAACCCUUGCCUAAUUCCCUGUCAGUCAGUGCCGAUAAACAGUGUCUUCUUAAUAUCAGAUACCCCUUCUGUAUCGGGCUUCCGUCUACACUGCUGCAGCUCGUGUGUUGAUUUGUUGUUGUUAUUUUUUUUUUGUACACCAGCUUGUUUCUUGCACGUAACAUGCAGAAGAGAAGGAAGCCUGAGCCGAUCCAACUCAACCCCAUCCCUGAUGGAAACACUAUCAACGGCAGCGGAGCCACAGAAACAAACUUGGAGGCACUGCAGAAAAAACUAGAGGAGCUCGAGUUGGAUGAGCAGCAGCGGAAACGCUUGGAGGCCUUUCUGACACAGAAGCAGAAAGUGGGAGAGCUGAAGGACGAUGACUUUGAGAAGAUCUGCGAGCUCGGUGCCGGCAACGGAGGAGUUGUCUUUAAGGUUUCCCACCGACCCUCGGGUCUGAUUAUGGCAAGGAAGCUGAUCCACCUUGAGAUUAAACCAGCCAUCAGGAACCAGAUCAUUAGGGAGCUGCAGGUGCUACAUGAGUGCAACUCCCCAUAUAUUGUGGGCUUCUACGGGGCUUUCUACAGCGAUGGGGAAAUCAGCAUCUGCAUGGAGCAUAUGGAUGGUGGCUCCCUGGACCAAUCACUGAAGAAAGCAGGCAAGAUCCCAGAGCAGAUCCUUGGCAAAGUCAGCAUUGCUGUAAUUAAAGGUCUUUCCUACCUGAGGGAGAAGCACAAGAUCAUGCACAGAGAUGUCAAGCCUUCUAACAUCCUAGUGAAUUCCCGUGGUGAGAUCAAGCUGUGUGACUUUGGAGUGAGCGGACAGCUUAUAGACUCCAUGGCCAACUCCUUUGUGGGCACUCGGUCGUACAUGUCGCCCGAGCGCUUACAAGGCACCCACUAUUCUGUUCAGUCGGACAUCUGGAGCAUGGGUCUGUCACUGGUUGAAAUGGCCAUUGGACGCUUUCCUAUUCCACCACCUGAUGCUAAGGAGCUCGAACAGAUUUUCGGCUUCCCAGUGGAAGGGGAGGCAGCCUCCAGUGAUUCCUCCCCAAAGCCGCAGCCCCCUGGGCGACCCGGCAGCUCAUACGGCCCAGACAGCAGACCUCCGAUGGCCAUUUUUGAGCUUCUUGAUUACAUCGUUAAUGAGCCUCCACCAAAACUGCCUGCUGUAUUUAGUUCUGAAUUCCAGGACUUUGUUAAUAAAUGCUUGAUUAAAAACCCAGCAGAGAGAGCAGACUUGAAACAGUUGAUGGUGCAUCCUUUCAUUAAAACCUCCGAAGCAGAGGAAGUUGACUUUGCUGGCUGGCUGUGCACCACCAUUGGACUCAGUCAGCCUUUGACACCAACACAUGGUACCAUAAUGUGAGGCCUGUUCUGCCUACUACACCCACAUCAAAGUCUUCUAAUGACUAAUUUCUGUUAUUGGUAUAUAAAACUGUUUAUACUGAUCAAAGUGUACAAACCUAAAUGCCAAGUGGAACUAUGUAUUGAACAAGUCUUUGGGCUACCUUGCAGGCCUUCCUGAAAAGCCAUCUUUUUUUUCUAAAGAUUUAAUUUAAUCUUGACAAAUGCUGCUCUACCUGUGCUUGAUAUUCCUUUGUAACCCCAAGUCUUCACAGUGCAAAACCUUUGCUAGCUUAUGUGGAAUAAAUAAGUCCUGUGAAUAAAAAGUUUGAAUGACA